CAUAAAAACAAAACAGUCUCAACCAAACAAUCUCACUGUUCUACCAACUGAAUACUAACUCAAACGCAAUCAUGGCCAUCGAAACUGUCUGGUACAACGACUUGAAGAAGGAAUUGCCCAGUGCCGAAGGCAAAGUGUUUGUCAUCACUGGCACUACCUCUGGCACAGGAUACGUUGCCGCUCGCACCGCUGCUGAAAAGGGAGGUGAAGUCCUUCUGUUGAAUCGCAGCUCUGACCGUGCCACCAAGUCCUUGGCCAAGUUGAAGGAAGAAGUCCCCAAUGGCAAGUUUGUGCCCAUUGAAUGUGACCUCCAGAGUUUUGAGAGUGUCCGAAAGGCUGCAACGGAAAUCAAGAGCAACUACACUGCUGUGUAUUGUGUCUGUUGGAAUGCAGGCAUCAUGGGCGCAGCAGAUGAAGCUACCGUGGAUGGAUAUGACACACAAAUGCAAACUAAUCAUCAUUCCCAUUUUCUUCUGACAGCUGAGCUGUUUCCACUUCUAGUGAAGCAAGGUGGAGAUGCCCGUAUUGUCAGCCAUUCCAGUUCUGGUCGCCACAUGACACCCAACCAGUGCCUUGAGCGCAAGUAUUUUGAGAAAAAUGGUGGCAAUUUGGGUGGAUCCGAAAUGGAUGUUGGAAAGCUUUCGGGGGCUCCUUUCUUGAGGUACUUUCAAAGCAAGUUGGCCAAUGCUGUCUUCACCAAAGCACUCCAUCAAAAACUGCAAGCCAAAAAGAGCCCAAUUCUGGCAAUUUGUGCUGAUCCUGGCCUAUGUGCCACCGACCUGGUCAACAGUGUUGAUGGUAUGGCAGAGAUGCUUGAAAAAUAUGAGGACAAGAAACAAACACCUGAAGACGGAGCAAUGGGCAUUCUCAAGGGAAUGAUGCUUCCUGAUGUUCAAUCGGGGGUCCAUUAUGGACCUGCCGGAAGCAAGGGUCCUGCUGUUAUCAAUGAGGAAAAGCCCCAUGAAGUGGACCCAGAAGGAAUCAAGAUGCUUUGGGAAACCAGUGAAGCUGCCACUGGGGUUGUCUUUGAGAUUUGAGUGAAACAACAAUUAUUGAUAAUAUUUUUGGUGGCAGAAAGAGUUGGAUGAGUUGAUUUGAUUGAGACAGUUAUCAAUAUAUGUGAUGGCAGAAAGAGUUGGAUGAGUCAACAACUUUAGUGUUUGGUGGGUUUUGUAUACCGGUACUUGAUUCUUUGGUUCGGUGACAGACAGAGUUGGAUGAGUCAACAACAGGUGAUUUGGUGGGUAUUCAUUGGUUCGAGACAUGAAACUGGAGGCACCAUAAAUCACCAAAUAAGACUAUUUUAAAAGUAAAUUAGGUGCCGCCGAUAGCCUGCAGCGGGACACAGGCAG